CUCUGGAACGCCAAGCCGUCACUUGCUGUUGGAGUUCGAGGGAACAGUCUUGCAACAAAGCUCGCGACCAUGUCCGACAAUGAGUCCGCUGCCGUAGACGAGCAGAAGAGGAAGAGGGGCCGCCCUGCUAAGGGGUCAUCGGAUGUCAAGGAGGCCAAGAGGAGGAACAGAUCCACGGCGGACGACAAGAAGGAGGUGAAGAAGUCUGAUGGCGCCUCGCCGGCCAAGAGGGGUCGUGGCUCCAAAAAGAAGGGCGCUAAAGCCGCGCCCAAGAUAGCGGCGACCGGGCGCGGGCGCGGACGUCCCAAGAAGGAUGACAAGAAGGUGGAAGAGAGUGCCGAGGACGAAGAAGAGGAGGAGGAGGAAGAUGAUGAAGGAGAAGAUUAAAUGCGUGUGCAAAUUUGUCACGUUGUUUUGGACCUGGAGGACAAAGAAUGUUUUUACUCUUACAAUGAGGGCAGUUUUAUAAACUGGAAUCCCAGCACAUUUAUGGAUUGGUCAGUUUUUAGUUCUUUAUAUAAAAAAAAACUUUGCCAAACAUAAAUGGCCAUUAUGUGUUACGAAUGUGUGUAAUCAGGUGUGUGUGUGUUUCCUCCUGUUUCUAACUGCCAGGCUGAGUUUGUGUCAGUAAUUGAAAAUUUUAGUCCUUAGGAAUGUUAGGUGAAUGUCGAUAGUAGUAUUACAUUCGGUGAAGUUGUGACCAGAAAAGUUACAUAGUCGCACAAGGUGUGUUCACAUCUACUUUUUAAUGUAUUCAUUCUAUUUUAUGAUAGUUUCCCUUUUCGGCUCCUCUGUAAAAUUGUGCCACGUUGUGUUUCCUUUUUUUUUAUAUAAAUAAAUGUACCAAUUAAGUAAAAAAAAAAAAAAAAAAAAAAAAAAAAAAAAAAAAAAAAAAAAA